AUGACUAGCGAUAUGAUUACAAAGAAAAAGGAUCCAGGGGCAUUCACUAUCCCAUGUACCAUUGGUAUGCUUAAGUUUACCAAAGCUUUAUGUGAUUUGGGGGCAAGUAAAAACUUGAUGUCAUAUGCAAUCUUCAAACAACUUGGAUUGGGCAAAUUGAAAUCCACAACAAUGUGGCUUGUAAUGGAGGACCGAUCUAUUAAACACCCCAUUGGGAUACUUUAUGACAUAUUGGUAAAGGCUAAUCGAUUUAUCUUUCCGGCUGAUUUUGUUAUUCCAAAUUAUGAAAUUGAUGCGGAGGUUCCUAUUAUUUUGGGUAGACUAUUCUUGGCGACUGCAAGAGUUCUAGUGGAUGUUGAAAGUGUUAAGUUAAAUUUUUGGGUAAAUGAAGAAGAGGUUACCUUUAAUGUGUGCAAAUCAAUGAAGCAACCUAGUGACAUUCAGGUAGUUUCAACGAUUGAUGUGAUUGAAGAAGCAGUGGCUAGUGUGAGUGAAAUGAUGUUUAUGGGUGAACCUCUUGAGGUUGUUCUUUCGAUUUAUGAUGAGACCGAAGUUCAAGGGUAUGAUGAAGUGGUAGCUUCUCUAUCAAGACUAGGUGCAUAUCCAAGAAACCCAUUGAAGCUAGACAUUGAUCUAAAGAAUCGAGAGAGUCCUCCCGCUAAACCAUCCACGAAAUAA